AUGUCUGAGAAAGAGCAGGUCAUCCAGGCUUUACGUGCAACUUUAAUUUCAGUUAAGGGAGCACUCACACUGAAGCAAUGUAACCGUGACUACAAGGAGUUGCAAGGGGAAUGGAUUCCCUACAAAAAAAUAGGAUAUCCUACCCUUGAGAAAUUAUUUCAAGAAGUACCUGGUUUUAAAAUAAAAGAAAUAAAUGGCGAAUGGUAUGUUGAUGCUAUAGCCAGUCAAGAGACUCAACACAUUGCUUCAAUGGUAGCUCGUCAAAAGUCUAAUAAAAAACCAGCAAAACUUAGCACACCAAGUCGCUUUCCAAAGACUAAACAAGGUUCAUGGAGGAAGCCAUCAUCACUGACGAGUUACGAUAACCAAUACUCCAAACAAUAUUACAGAGCUAAAACAAACACUUCCCAUAAUAACAAUAAUAAUGGUUAUAAUGGCAAGGCUAACAUGAACAAAUAUUAUAAAUCGAAUGAUGCUAAACUGAACACAUAUCCGAACACGAAACAAACUGUAACGAAAUCAAACGAAAUUGUAGAAAAUGUUGCGGGAAAUAUUAAAAACUCAUCAUCAUCACAAGCUGCACGCAAUUUUUAUGGUGAAGAGUUUCAGACCAAGCAUUCCACAAAAAAUGAGAAAAAGACUGAGAUCAAUAGUUCCAACAAAAUUUCAGCUUCACAGAGGCUUUCUAACUUCAGAGAUAGGCUUAACACUGUUGAUGUAAUGAUACCGCUGCAGCUACCAGCUCAUGAUAAUGAGCUCUAUGAUAAGAGUGGAUACAAGAAAAAUGCGGAUCCUGUAUCUUACGCCGUGCCAGCAUAUAAUUUAGAACCUCCACCAGAUACAACUUCUAGUAUUAUAAAACUAGAAUGGACUUGUAAGAAGUUAGGACUUCCUCUGCCAGUGUAUAAAACUCAGGAUUGUAGACCUACAAAUGGUCCAGUGACAUAUGAUUGUACUGUCAGAGUCGGAAGUUCGUACAAAGCGUCAUCGUAUCCCAACUCGUCACCAACAGAGGAGUUGGCGAAGGAAGUGGCUUCAGAAAAAUUGCUGCACAUCAUACAGAGCUCAGAAGCUUCUGGACUACCUACUUCCUCAAAUAGUAAAGCCAUAAGCGGUCUUACGGAAUUAGUAUCGGAGCACGAAGCUGGUGUUUGGGCUAACACUGUUCCAUGCUUAUAUAGGGAAAAAUAUAAAGAAAAUUUACCAAAAAAUUGGUUGGAAUUAAUAGAAACGUGCCCACUAAUCAAGAAGGAGAAAGUAGUCAAUGGACUUCUAGUUCUAUUGCUCAACAUUGAGGACCGCAGUAACGUGACUUUGAUGGAGAAUCUCAUUUUGGACGACACCAUAGAUAGUGAUCUUCCGCCUUUGCAAUUUCCUGAAGAUGACUUUUGGAAUGUGUACAUAACAGUUGCAAACUCAACAAUCGAAAUUUGGCUGCGAAUUAUCGGGGUGCAAUAUAGCGAUGCAUUUGAAAAUCUUCUCGCGGACAUGACGCAAUAUUAUGACUACUCCGGCGCAACGGUGGACAAAUCUAUGCUCAUUGUGAACGCUUGGUACGCAGUGAAUCUGGACGACGGCGGCUGGCAACGCGCUAAAGUGCUCGAGAUAUACGACGAUACGGCCUCUGUGUUUCUCGGUGAUCACGGAGACGACGACAUUGUUGUUUUAGAUAAUAUUAAGAUUCUGGAACCACAAUUCCGUCGGCUGCCAGCACAGGCAAUCCUGUGUCGUCUGGAAGGCGCGGAGGAACUUUCCGAGACUGAGAUAGGUGCGGAGCUGGUGGCUAGGCGGCUCCCCGGUGAGGUGCUGGUCGCAGCCCCGGGGCCCCGAACGGACCCCACCGACCCCUCCGUCUCGGUGGUCCUAUUCGAUACCUCUACGCAGCGCGACUUAAACCUCAACAAGGAGAUCAUCCACGACUUCUGCAUAGCCGGCGCGUUCAACAUCACUCAGAAACUGUGUGAAGUGGAAGUCCGUUGUGUGACCGACGAGGGUCGAGUGUGGGUGUCACGCGCUGGUGGGGCGGACUUGGUCCGCAAAGCGCUGGCGCUGCUCACAGCGGGGCCUUUCCGUCGCCCGUUGCCUGCGGCACCUCAAGCGCCGCCUCCCCAAGCUGGCACCCUCUAUAUCGUGCGGACCAUCGCGGGAGACUGGGUGCGGUGUACGAUAAUCAGCGGUCUGGACGGCGAGGGCACGGUUCGCACCCAGCUCGUCGACAGCGGUCAGAUACUUCGAGCGCCGCUCUCUUCGCUCAUUCCUCUUCAGACCUUCUCGCAAGCGCUCAAUGAAUACCCCUAUCAGGCAAUGCAAGUGCGGUUGGGCCCUGCAGCGGAGAGCGUGGCCAGCUCGAUGGUGGAUCGGCUGCGCGACUUGCUGCUAGGCGAGCGCGUGCUGUGUCGCGCUGCGGCGUCCUCUCCCGCGUUCGUGUCCACUUCUGCACCGCACGUCGAGCUUUACGUACGCCCUGGACCUCAAACUCCCCUCGUACCAGUCAACCAUUCCAUAGUUGGGGAAUAUGAGUACCUUCAGCUUAGCAAAUCGCAAGAGGCAGUCAAAGAGAAAGAGCCAACGAGUCAUGUAGAGGCCUUGAACAAGAAGAAGGAGCGACUCUAUCGCACCGGUUCCAGCGGUGGCGUCACCGCGCCCCCGGUCGACAAGUCCCGUCCCCUGCCCCCACCUGUGCUGCCGUACGUCGGCCAAUGCAUUGAUGUCCGCAUCUCAAUAGCUGCUAAUCCUUGGAAUUUUGUUAUACAACCGAACAGAUCUAGACUCACACUAAAAGAGAUGAUGGCAUCACUGCAAGAGGAAUGUCCAAAGAUUCCAGAGGAAGAUGCACCGGUGAAUCCAGUGAGCGGAGAGCUUUACACGGCGUAUUAUGAUAAGGAUUCGUCAUGGUAUAGGGUCACUGUAGCAAACAGCGUAUCGUCGGAGUUGCUCUCGGUGUACUUCUGUGAUUUCGGAGACCUGGCGGUGUGCUCGAAGCGCGUGUUGCGGCCCGUCCCCGCCUCUGUUCCGCUGGCGCGUACUUUGCCGCCACAGGCCAUCAAGGCGCGCCUAUACGACGUUUGGCCGCUUCAUCAAGACUGGAGUGUAGAAGACUGUAUUAGAUUUCAAGAAUUGUGCGUAGAACAAGAAUUUGUCGCUGUGUGCAAGGAAGUAGGUAAAGAUCCUCUUAAUCCGAGCGAGACGCUGCUCACGCUCGACCUGAUAGACACCUCGACAGACGAGGACAUUUACUUAAAUAAACAACUCGUAGCUGAGGAAAGAGCACGUCUUGGCUCUGCAUCAAUACCUGACAAUUAG